GGCGUCGUAUAGAUUCAAGAUGGCGUCUUCAAAUCGUUCUGACUAUGUUCUGGAUGAGCUUGUGUGUUUUUUAAGCAAUCCAUUUUUCCAAAUUCCCGUUUUGUCAUUUAUGGAAAGCAAAUGCUUAGUGUUUGAUCCAAGUGUUGAAGACUCGCCAACUUACAGGGAAAUUCAUGCAGAGUACAACAAAGUGGUGGAUUUUCUCUUGGAAGGCUUUAGAACAGACACUGGGCUAACACAUGAGGAGAUUAUUAAAGCCAUGAAGUCUCUCAAUUCAAAGCCAGACAUGGAUUUUUUUCAGACUUUAUCUGAACAAGUUCUUGCCACAGUGGAUUACCCAAUAUUUGUACGCAUCAUGGCACAAAAGAAUUUGGAGCUCCAGCAACAGGCUUUGAUGCUGAUCUCACAGAUGUUAGGUGGGAGUUUGCCAGACAGUCUGCGAGAAGAAGACAGUCACCAGCAUUCCCAAGACGAUGAUGAAGUUUUGAUUGCUGUCUUAGCGAAAUCUAAAGAAGAAUUUGAAAGAGAGAAAUUACAAUCUGGGGAUGAAGAAGAGGAGUUGAGGAUAAUUAUUGGCAUUUCAAAAGCAGAAAAUUUUAGACUUCAACAAACAAUGAAAGAAGAAGAAAAGAAAUUACAAAAAACACUUCAAAAGUCUUUGCGCUUAUCAGAUGAAGAUGAUCUUAAAAAACCCAGCUCUAAGUCAAGCCUUUCAAAGUCAGAUGACUUUCGGCCUACCCCUGAAGCAUAUCAGCCUAAGAAACAGACAACAUUUGAUCACAGCAGACUGGAGGAGAAUAAAAAAAGUAAUGUAUCUAGCGCUCAAGCAGCAGCUGAUUGGAUGAAAUCUGCAGAGACGGAUGUCAAAUCUUCUGAUGCACAUUCUAAAGCUGUCCAUGCAGCCGCUGCCAGCAUGGCAGGACUGUCUGAGGAAGAAUAUAAAAAAAGGGCAGAGUUCCUGCGCAAACAAAGAGAUAAACUGAUGGAGAUGAAGCAGCAAGAAAGAGAAAAACAGUUGCUGACUGCCCUGAAAACUCAGCCCCAAAGGCCUGCCUCUGCAAGGGCAGCCAGAGCAGCACUGAAGCAGGUCCCAUCCAGCAAAGCUUCAGCCAAAAACCCAGAAGAUGAGAAAAAACUGGCCAUGCGUAAAGCAAUAGCAGACAGAAUUAAAUCUGAACUGCUGAAUAAGGAAUAGCUUGUUCAAAAGUUAAAUAGGAAUAUUUGUACUUGGUUGAAUUCUUCAGUAGCAUAUCUACUGCCUGGACACAUCAUUGGAUAUCAUUGUACUGGCUUUUCACUUUCAAUGCUUUUCAAAACUUGAAAAUUUCUAAACUAGAUUGAUAGUUUACUUUAAUUGUGUACCGGUAUUUCAUUAUGUAGUCUUAGUUUUAUUACUUAUAAAGAGCAGUUAAAGGGAAACUCCGAUAGUUUUUCAAAUUUUAGUUAUUGACUUAUUUAAAUUCUGCGUAAAAAGUUGUAAUAGUAAACAUUAUAUCAUUUUUUAUUUAAAUGCUCAGAAAAUUUUAUAUUUAAUAAAUUAGACAGAAAAUUCUUCACGCCCCCAAAAAAACGGGGUUCUGCGAGAUUUUGUUUUAAGUUAUUUCAUGCGUCACUUCCCUAAACAAUACUGAAAGAGAAACUUGAUUUAACCAAUCGUAUCGCUUCAUUCUUA